UCGCUAUAUUGAUAAGGUUCAAGAAUUAUAAUUAGUGGCAGGUACAUGAAUGAACCUGGUAAUUCCAAGGUUUGUAAGUAAGAUGGGUCCAGACUUUCGGCCUCCUGCCAAUUUCCUCAAAUCAUUUUCCUUCGUUGAUCCCUCAUUGCCACUGGGAACCAUUCAAUUACACUUAUAUCCAUAAGGAUAUGUAAGUUAGGUCAAUUUAUUGUGUUGCCUAACGUAAGGUACUUAGCAGCAGAGACAACUCGACAACUCGACAGCUAUCUACAUACCAUCCAACAUUUGAGCCUGCCGCCUUCGAUAGCGUUGGUGAAUUACAUAUGAUAAACCCACUUCUGCCCACAAUUAGCGUCGGCUUCUCUCACUCGCCUGUCCCAAGUAGUCCCAAUGCUGCCGAGUCACGAGCUCAGCUACUUAAACUAAUUGCUUUCAUAUGAAAGCCUGCACAAAUUCCUCCCCGGAGCUUCCGGUUUGCGAUUUCACUUGCUCCAGAGACUAUUAAUUCCAAAAUAUUUACCAAAUGAGCUGCCAAGGAAAUUUUAUCAACAGUAUCCAGGUGGAUAAUUCAAAUAUAAUCGAAAAGCGCAACAUUCAAUGACAUCGACUUAUUUGAUUGGGCAACAUGGCGAAAACAACCACACGAUCUCAGGGGGUGCCCCUGCCAAGCAUUAUUGAGCCGCCGAGCUUGGUAGCCUCGGACGGAGAGCCGUCUCCAACGUCAGACGGCGCAGCGGACGAGGAGCAGCUGUAUAUCGACCAAGAUGAUGCUCAGUCUAUUAUUCAGCCGGCGUUGAGCCCUGUGGCGACGAGGCUCACGCUGCCGAAGACACCCGCAGCGGAAAAAGCUGCGGCGAUGGAACGAGUAACAGGUGGAGGCUUAUUCAGUGUCAUCGAGGGGACUGCGACUCCAGAUCCGGAGCCUUCGCCGAUGAUGGGUCAAUCGAGCGAGACGUUGCACCAGGUGGCCAUGAACAAGGCAUCAACACGUCAAGCCAGAGGCCUUUCCUUGGGCCAACUCCCUUCGAGCCAUUCAUCGGUUUACAGAUUCCCGUCGCCAUGGCAAUCAGGACCGAAGCAGAUGGUCGUGCAGAAUGAAUCAGGUAGUCCGAAGCCCGUAUUGUCAACUGUGUUUAGACAGGAUAAGCACCGUCGGUCUUCGUCCGGCGGGGCUGAUGCAUUAAAGAGGAUUAAAGAAGCUUUACCAUCGAUGCCGUCGAUGCCAUCUAUAUCCUUGCAGUCAUUUUUCUCCGGGCCAUCUUCAGCAAAGAGCCCGAGUCUAGAUGCAAAAAGGUCUUCCCUUUCCAAUGAUAGUGCAUCUGAGCCAAAGCAAUUCCCGCCAUUCCUUGUUGAUGAACCAGGCCCGAUUUCUAGGAGCAAGUUACCGCCGCCGCCUAACAGACAAUCGCUCGUAGCAUUAUCUAUCCCUAAUGCUGAGAGCUCUUCACUAUCUCGGCCGCCUAUCCGUCCACGAGCUAUAAGGAGGUCCACAUCUGAUGAAUCUAUGCUUUAUCAUUCACUGUCAAGGGUAUCAUCUCUCGGUGACGACGAUAGGUGGAAGGAUAUUCGAGAGCAGACGAAUAGUAGACUCAAGGCUAUCACAGACAGUUGGGAUAGACCGACUUUCAAAUUACCUCAACUACCGAACAUUAUCCCAGCACCACUCAAGAAAAACCCGCUGCUGGGACCUGAUCAGUCUGACCAAUCCUUAUCGGGAGGAGCGCGUACGUCAACUAUAUUUGAAGUCAGUUCGCCGACACCAAGGGAUGACAAUUUGUCCGAUCUGGACCGCGCGUUGGAAUUAUUAACAGGCGAUAUCGUCAUCAUGGGCGGGUAUCGCGGUUCCGUGUUGAGAUCGACCCGAACUAAUCGACAAGUAUGGGUACCCGUGAAGCUUGGAUUAAACAUUCGAAAAGUCAACCUGGAAGUAGGCCCGAAUCCAGAGGAUGAGGAGAGGAUGGAGGAAACCAUCUAUGCUUCUGGGAUGCUUAAGAAUAUUGGUCCCGUCGAUAUAUCGAAACGUCUCUUUAAAAGACUUAGAGAAUGUGAGAACGCCCGGACCGGAAAGCUUAGGAUAUGGGAUUAUGGUUACGACUGGCGGCUAAGUCCUCAUUUACUCUCACGUAGACUUAUCAAGUUUCUCGAACAUCUGCCCUCAAACCAAGGACAGGAUCCACUCGACAAUAAGGGGGCUAUGGUAAUCGCUCAUAGUCUUGGGGGCCUCAUCACACGCCACGCCGUGAAUCAACGUCCAGAACUGUUUUCUGGGGUGAUAUAUGCCGGUACUCCGCAACGAUGUAUAAAUAUCCUAGGGCCGAUUCGAAACGGAGACGCCGUUCUCUUUAACGAAAAGGUUCUAACGGCGCAAGUCAAUUUCUCGCUAAGAACAACAUUCGUGUUCUUACCCGAAGACGGCUUCUGCUUUAUUAACAAAAACACGGGAGAGCAAUAUCCGGUAGACUUCUACGACCCCCAGGAGUGGGUCAAGUACUGCUGGAGUCCGUGUAUCGAGCCCUGCCUGCCCUCCUUUAAAUCUCGCUCGAGCGCCCUGGCCUCUCUCCGAGAGCUCUCCGAAAGACUUCCCGCGCCGCUCCGAAGCCGGGGCAACAGCGCGGCGAGCGAGUCCCGAUCGCCCACGCGCAACAUCGUCACCGAAGCGACGCGCAAGGCCGAUAUCGCUACCGACAGGACCUUGGCGCCGCAGAUGGGCUCCUCGCAAGGCGACGCUCAGCAGCAGACGGACACGGACGCGGGAUCGCGGUCCGCCAACUUCGCGUACCUGACGCGCGUGCUGGCCGAUACCAAGCGGUUCCGCGAGGAGACCAAGCACCGGCCCGAGCACACGCUGGCGAACAGGUAUCCCCCGCUCGCCGUCAUCUACGGUAAGGAGGUGCCGACGGUGUGGGCGGUCAGCGUGACGUCCCGCGAGCAGAUCGCGUGCGCGGACGCGUACGACGACCUGAUGUUCCGCAGCGGGGACGGCGUGGUGCUGGCUAGGGAGGCGAUGCUGCCCGAGGGCUACGAGCUGGUGAAGGAGGGGCGGGUGAGCACGGAUAGGGGACACAUCACCAUGUUGGGUGAUUUGGAGGCGGUGGGUAGGGCGCUGCUUGCUGUGGUGAGAGGGAGGAGGAAGGGUAUCGGGUUAGGAGGGGAGGGGGCGGAGGCUUGAUUCUAAGUGAGGUGGUUCGUCAUGAAACUAAAUGCCUUGAUUUCGUGGUAUUCGAUCAUACUUUUAAGUUGAGUCGGUUUAGAUUGGAUUAUCACCAGGAGGGGGAAGACUGAAGAUAAGAUGAAGAUGAUACGGGCAACCGAACGAACGAACUGGCGAAAAGGCAACUUGGGCGCAUUUGGAUAUUCUCGGUGUUGGCGCCGGAGGGCUCAUAUCAGUUCGAAACUUACAUAUUGCAUUUGCAUGGCAUUAUAGCAUCGUGUGAAGGGGGAGAGGUUACAUAGAUGUUUGAUAAGAUACCUUACUGCUUCCUGUAAAGCAUAGUGCUCAGGUUGGGCAAGAAUGUAUAUAAAAAACCUGUAUGCAAAAUUUAGAGAAGUCCUCUGCAAAUCGUGAGUUGGCUGGUUA